UGAGUUGCGUUGCGUACGGUUUGUCGUUCGUAUCGGUUCGUCUUCAUUUUCGUUUCGUUUCGUCUUAGUUCGUCUUAGUACAUUGCGUAUACGACGCGUUCUCUCGCUACCGGUUGCAGUCUGCGUAGCCAAAAAAAAAACAACACAAGAAAACAAUUCGCGCUUGUUUUUAUUUUCUUAUUCGCAUUGAACCGCCCUCGUGCGUUUGAUAAAUAAAUAAAUAAUAUCUUAAUGCCGUUUGCGCUUUUGCUAAUCGUCGCAACUUGAUAUUGUGUACUCUGGCUUUGGACUUGCCAUUGAUAAAUCCACGACCUGAAUAGUCAAUCAUUCAAAGUCGUGCAAAAUGGAUGCUCCCAAAGAGAUGGAGCAAAGUAAUAACAAAUUCAUUGUGAAAUAUCGACAGCAGUACUAUGAUAUAUCCGAAUUUAUGCACAAGCAUCCGGGCGGUAUCAACACCCUCAAGGGACUCAACGAUUCGGAUAUGACAUCACGCUUCAUGAAGGCUCCGCCACAUUCCGAUGCAGCCAUGUACUUAAUGAGGGAAUACAAGGUGGACUCGUCGGAAUAUGAAAGCACUAAAAAGUCAAAGGAGUCACAUUCAAAAAACACAUCAUCAGAGAAUGGCAUUGAAUUGCUACAACAUCCAAAAGAGUCCGAAGAUACUAAUAAUAAUCAGUUGGAUGAGAGUAUGGAACAUCUUGUGGACUGGUCAAAAGCAAUGCUGCCUCAAAUUAAGAACAUAACAAAAUAUUAUGAUGAGUGGGUGCACAAGCCGGUGGACAGGCCGCUUCGUUUGUUCGGACCUUGGUACUUGGAAAUGUGCACAAAGACCCCAUGGUGGGUCGUUCCAACUUUUUGGAUACCAGUUAUCACCGUUCUAGCUGGACUGGAAUUUCAGGCAAAAGCUAAAAGUACAAGUGACGUCGCAAUUUUAUCAGGUUACAUUUUGUUUGGCGUGCUUCUUUGGACUUUCCUGGAAUACGUAUUGCACCGCUGGGUAUUUCAUAUAAAGCUGACUGAAGACAGUGGACCUUGGCUAUGCACUUUUCACUUUAUGAUACAUGGCCUGCACCACAAAGUACCUUUUGACCCUAUGAGGCUUGUUUUUCCACCACUGCCUGGGGUUGUACUUGCCUCUAUUCUGUAUUCUCCGAUUAGUUUAAUUCUGCAAAAUCAUAAUCCCCGAAUAAUCCUAUCGGGUGCCUUACUAGGCUAUUUAUGCUAUGACAUGAUUCAUUACUAUUUGCAUUAUGGCAAUCCAAAGGCAAGCCACCAUUUGUAUGAUAUGAAGCGAUAUCAUUAUCAGCAUCAUUUUGCGCAUCAAGAUCUCGGAUAUGGGAUUAGUAGUCCAUUUUGGGAUAAUGUAUUUAAGACACGUAUCCAUUUGCGUAAAUUAAGAUUCCAACUACGGUGGUCGUAGUGGCUAAGUGACAUUUUGCUUUAUAAGAUCAAAUUUGUAAUAUAAGACUAAUUACUAAGAAGACAUUGUUUAUAAGAGUAUUUGCAAUGAGAUAAACAGCGGUGAUACCAACCAAAUUCAAAUAAAAUAACAUUGGUAUA